AUGACUGAUACACCUUUUUCCCCUUCCGGUGGAGCUCCUCGAGCUCCUCUCACCACCACAUAUUCGGCACCGAGCAUCUCCUCUUUUCCCCGUCGCUCUUCUUAUGCCUCUGUCCUCUCAGGAACAGCUGGACUCUCGUCUUCACAAACUAGCACAACUUUGUCGCAGUUGAACUCCACUUCGUCUUAUCCCCCACCGUUCUACCCCGAAACCCGCCCCCAGAGGCAUUCGGCUGCCGUGGAUGCAGAAAUGCAGAUGAACUCCUCCUGGAGGUCAUCCCCAGGGGAUUCGCUCCCUCCGUACUCCCGGAAGUUUGCUAGCUUUCCGGCCUACGAUCCCUUUUUCCAGAAUAUCGGCCCCUUCUCCGAAACGCCUCCUUCCUUCACACCCUCCUACCUGCGCAACUCUCGAUACAUAUCCCGCCUCGAUGCCGCCCGUCGCGGAAAGCCGGCGUCCCAACGAGAUGCGGCUUCGACAUCUUCGGGCCAGGGCAGUUUGCCCCGGAUUGCGCCUUCAUACCGAGGAAUGACGUAUGAUCUCAUCGACAGGGAACCCAUUAGCGAAGACGAUGACCAGCCGAUGCCGCUUCCGUCCCGAUGGAGCGAUUCAGAUAAAUAUCCUGGGUUAGAACUUCCAAAUGAUGGCUUGGAGAUCCGGUACACCGGACCUGUUCAUAAGCAGGAACAUGAAGCUGCCUCCGUCCGGGCCGAUCACCCUAUGCCUCCACAAUGCGGAAUUUAUUACUACGAGAUUACAAUACAUUCCAAACCGAAAGAGGGGAUGAUUGGUAUAGGGUUUUCGAAUAACAAGGCAUCGGUCGAGCGGCUUCCCGGCUGGGAACUUGAAUCGUGGGCAUACCAUGGCGACGAUGGCAAAUCAUUCUUGGGCGAGAAUCAAGGGCAAGGGCGACAAUAUGGGCCAACAUUUGGAGUCAACGACACCGUGGGAUGCGGCGUGAACUUUUCCACCGGUUGUGCUUUCUUUACGAAAAAUGGGGUCUUUCUAGGCAUCGCAUUCCGGGAACUGCGAAACUUGAAAGUCUAUCCGUCUGUAGGGGUGAAGAAAAACCCGCCAGUGCAUAUAUCUGUCAAUUUCGGUCAGCAGCCUUUCAUGUAUGAUAUUGACGGGAUGGUCAAGAAAGAAAAGGCUGCAAUCCACUCAGAGAUUAGCUUGACGAGCAUCGCUAACAUUCAACCAUCGCUCGACGAGACUUCCUUCCUACAGGAAUUAGUUGCACAGUUUCUAGCCCACGACGGCUAUGUAGAGACCGCCCGGGCGUUUGCAGAAGAGGUCGCUGCCGAAUCUGCAGCCUUAGAUAAUGGGCGCGAGACGCAGCUCAAGAAGUACGAAGUAGAGGAGGAUGUGGAAGCAAUCAACCGGCAGAAAAUCCGAGCUGCCAUUCUCGAAGGCGACAUCGAUAAAGCUCUCAAAUACACCAAUGCCUAUUAUGCCAAUGUUUUGCAACAGUACCCUCAUAUACACUUCAAAUUACGAUGCCGCAAAUUCUUAGAGAUGAUGCGGCGCUCUACUGAACUAUCGCCAUCUGCGAAGAAGGGAAAGGCUACGAAUGGGUUCUCCGAGAGUGCUGUGUUCGACGGAGAGAUGGAGCUUGAUGAUCAAGGGCAAGAUCGUGAUAAUUGGGAGGUCGAUGGCAUGGACAUGGAAGAAACGGAGACGGCAGCCAAGUCUAAUCAGCUUCUUACCGAGGCAGUGCAGUAUGGGCAGCAGCUCCGGAUGGAUUAUCUGAAUGAUGAGAACGGGGGUGACAAGAAGAUGCUAGAUGACAUUUUCUCCCUAGUAUGCUAUUCAGACCCUAAGCGGUCGGUACAUGGGCACUACCUGGACCCGGCCGGGCGUGUUACUGUUGCGGAAGAGUUGAACUCGGCCAUCUUAGUGUCACUUGGAAAGUCAUCAGCGGCAGCUCUAGAGCGGCUGUACCAACAAACGGAAGUGUUGGUCAAUGAAAUAAGUGAAGAGGGAGGCGCUGGGGCGUUUAUCAAUGUACGCAAUGAUUUUCUGCAAUGA